CCAUAAGGACAGCGUGGUCCCCACAAGUACCCGGCGUCCCUCACACCCAUUUUCUCCUCCCUCCUGCUCGUCUUUUGUGUGUGGAUUUUUAAGGUUCUCGGAGGUUUCCAGACAUUUUUAUUGGCCACGUCAGUGAAGCAAGAGGAGGCGCACAGACGGGCAAAGGCAGCACCGACUCCUCCACUGCUGCUGCUCCUCAAAAUUUGCUGAAAGAAUCUCGGAGCUCCUGUUCGCCGUCGCGUCGACACAAACCAGCUCCAUUUUUUCCUCCAAAAUGAUGUUGCCGAGCGUCGCCGUGCUUUUCCUGUUGGCUCUUACAGCUUGUAACGCUGAGGAGCUGCAGAGCAAAAGCAAAGUUUGUGCCAAUGUUUUCUGCGGGGCAGGCAGGGAGUGUGCUGUGAACGAGAAGGGCGAGCCCAGCUGUCUGUGCAUAGAGAGCUGUAAACCCCACAAGAGGUCAGUGUGUGGCAGCAACGGUAAGACCUACAGGAAUCACUGUGAGCUCCACAGGGACGCCUGUCUGACCGGGUUGAAGAUCCAGGUGGCCCACGAAGGACACUGCCAGGAAAAGAAAACAGAACAAACUGCUGCCAGUCCAGUCGUGUGCUAUGCCGCAGACCGCAAUGAGCUGAGGAGCCGUGUGAUCCAGUGGCUGCAGACAGAGGUCGUCCCAGAUGGCUGGUUUGUCAAAGGAUCCAACUUUUCUGACAUCCUUCUAAAAUACUUCAAGUCGUAUGAUAACGGUGAUUCCCAGCUGGAUUCUGCAGAGCUACUUAAAUUCAUCCAGCACAAUGAGUCUGUUGUUGACCUCCAAUCUUAUUCAGACCAGGAGAGCAACAAGCUGCUCAGGAGCCUGUGUGUCGAUGCCCUGAUUGAGCUCUCAGACGAGAACGCUGACUGGAAGCUGAGCUUUGAUGAAUUCCUCAGCUGCCUGAAGCCCGGGUUCAAUCCACCAGAGAAGAAGUGUGCUCUGGAGGAUGAGACGUACGAGGACGGUGCAGAGACCCAGGUGGAGUGUAACCGCUGUGUUUGUGCGUGCGGAAACUGGGUUUGCACCGCCAUGACCUGCACCGACAAGACAACAGCUUUGGAUGACUCAGCAGAUCCUGCAGCAGAGAUGACUGAGGAGGAAUGGAACCUCCGUGUGGCUGAGCUCAACAAACACCAGGAAACAGCUGAGAAGAUGAAGAGCAGCACAAAGGAGGCCUAAAUUAAAGAACAACGAGGGAGAGGACAUCAGCACCUUUCCCCCCACACAUGACUGGUGGCCGUGACUUUUAUACAUUUCUCUCUUAUGUUAAUUGUACUUUUUUUUUACAUUGUUUGUCUUCACAUUAGAUUCAGGUGCCAUUUAAAGACUAUUAUAGGAUUACUCUGUGUUCAGUACUGUCUUGUUGUAUUUUUGCUCCUGUACACUAUUGGGGUCCUGUUUACUUAAAUCCAUAUAUUUUACAGUUAUUAGGAAAAAGCCUUCAUAUUGUCGCUGUUUUGUGAUAUAAAUUCACUGUUGGAGAAAUUAGGAGUUUGGAGAAUCCUACUGAAAUGUACAACUGUUCUUCAGGAGAUUUCUACAGACCUUCUUCAGUUUGGCGUUUGGACACGGCUGUAGAUACAAGAGCUGUUCCGGUGCGGUCGUGGCUGCGGGUAUGACACAUUUCCAUGCAAUGGUGCUAGGACACUCUAAGCGGCUACGGCAGAACUGGCCUGUCAGACGCUCACUCACAGACCCUCGCCAGGUGAACGGGCUGUUGUCUGAUGCUCGAUCUCGGGCCAUUUAUUUAAUUUUCAUGAAAAAAAUCUUGAGGACUCCUGCUGUACCACUAGAGGGAGCCUGUGUACCACCUGAGUGAAGAGAUUAAGCUCAACUAAAAACAGGGCCUACAUUGAUGAAUGUCAAAUUUCUCCUUUAAUACUGGUGGGUUCUGUCGUAGCUUCUCGGUGUGUAGGACGCCAUUGCGUGGAAAUGCCUCGUAACUGUACCCACGACCAUUUCAAACCUAUUCCCACUGCCUUUACAUUUAGCAAGUUGGUUGAAGAAGCAUUCGGACUGGUGGCAUGCAAACGUAAAGUUACUCGUUGUCCGUUCCUGUUGCCACCAUAGAUAACUACUUGAUUAAUGCACUUGUUUCUUUCUAGAUUUAUUAGGCUUUAGUUAGUAGCUCUGGAUUAAUUUGUAUCUUACCACUAAUAUAACCUUUUUAUUUGUGUUGUUUUUGCUGCAAGCUUUUUUGCUCCUGUGUAUAGAUUGUUUUGACGUGACUUCGAAUUAGUCUUGUCCCAAUGUUAUGUUCAGGCAGCUCUCUCUGGUGCUCUUCUGUCAAAUCCGUGUCUUACAAACCUGAAGUGGUCGAGCUUUCGAUUGAGCGCCACUGAACCCAGCUGAGACCUGGUUUGACUAUAAGAUGGUGAGAAUUGAAACCAAAGCCUGUCAAUGAAAAUGUUUGUAUGAAACCCUCCAGAU